AUGGAGAACAACACCACGACGGCGGACGCGCAACCGCAGCCGCAACCACCCUGCGACACGCCGCCCCGGAAGGGCCGCCGGGGGAAACGCGAGGCCGGCAGCGACGAUUCCAAGAAGCGGCGCUGCAUUUCUUCUGCGUGCGUGCCUUGCAGGAAGCGCAAGUCCAAGUGCGACGGCACCACGCCCGCCUGCUCGGCCUGUGCCGCCGUCUACAACACGCCGUGCAUCUACGACCCCAAUUCGGACCACCGCCGCAAGGGCGUCUACAAGAAGGACAUUGACAACCUCAAGACGCGCAACUCGACGCUGCAGACGCUGAUCCAGGCCAUCCUCAACUACCCCGAAGACGCCGUCGCCGACCUCGUCCACCAGAUCCGAACAUGUGAGAGCUUGGACUCGGUCGCCGAGGCCAUCAUUGCCAAGGAGGACGGCCAGGACGACGACGACGAGCCUCUGAGCCCGGCGGCAGCCCCGGCCACGGCGCCCGCAGAGGGCAGCUUCGAGAGCCAGCUGAGCGGCAAGAUGGGCGAGCUGCGUCUCGAGGACGGCUCUACACGCUACAUCGGUGGCACGUCGCACCUCAUCUACCUGGGCAAGGGCAACGACGCCGCCGACUCGCCCGAUACGUAUCCAGACGACCAGUUCCACGAGAUGCAGGACCCCUUUUGCUCGUGGACAACCGUCACUUCCGACCCGGAGCUCGUCCAGCAUCUGAUCAGCAUGUACUUUUGCUGGCACUACAGCUUCUUCACAACCCUCUCCAAGAACCUGUUCUUGCAGGAGUUUAAGCUCGGCAAACCGCUGCCUGGGUCGGCGCGGAGGAACCAGUACUGCUCGCCCCUGCUCGUCAAUGCCAUGCUGGCACUUGGCUGCCAUUUUACGUCAUGGCCUGCCGCGCGAGCCGUUCGCGAUGAUUCGGCGACGGCUGGUGACCAUUUCUUCAAGGAAGCCAAGCGACUGAUCAUGGAAGAUGACCUGCACGAGGUCCCGGCACUGACGACGGUACAAGCCUUGGCGCUCAUGUCUGUACGGGAAGCUGGUUGCGGACGCGAGGCCAAGGGCUGGGUCUACAGUGGCAUGUCCUUUCGCAUGGCAUGCGAUCUCGGCCUCAACCUCGGUAUGCAUAGCAAGGACGUGAUUGACGAAAAGGAAGAGGACGCGCGGAGGAUCACGUUCUGGGGCUGCUUCCUGUUCGACAAGUGCUGGAGCAACUAUCUCGGACGAUUGCCACAACUGCCCAACACGAUCCUCACGGUACCCAAGUUCGAAGUCUUUCCUGUCGAGGACGCCGAGACGUGGAGCGCAGUCACCGACUCUGGCCUCAGCCAAGCACACUCGCAGCCGAGCAGGACGCGCGCCGUGGCCCUCCAAAUCUCAAAACUCUGCGAGAUUUCCAGCGAUCUGAUGAAUUCUUUCUACAACCCUAUUGACAUGGACAAGGUCAAGGGCAGACAGGCGGAGCUGAAGAAGCUCAGUGAGUUACACAUGCGACUGGAGACUUGGAGGAGGGAGCUGCCGAAAGAGUUGGAGCCGAAAGAGGGUGGCUUGCCCCACAUGCUUGUGAUGCACAUGUUUUUCCAGUUGCUCUACAUCCACCUCUUUCGUCCGUUCCUAAAAUACAACCCCAAAAAUUCACCGCUUCCUGCCAAUGUUUCGCCCCGCAAGCUCUGCACACAGGCUGCUGCCAUGAUCUCCAAGUUGCUACGUUUGUACAAACGAUCCCAUGGGCUGCGGCAGAUUUGCAAUAUAUGCGUGUACAUUGCGCACUCUGCGUGCACAAUACAUCUUCUCAAUCUGCCCGACAAGAAUGCAAAGCGAGACAUCAUCCAUGGUGUCAAGCAUCUCGAGGAGAUAGCCGAAGGUUGGCUGUGCGCCCGACGGACGCUUGGGAUCCUCAGCGUCCUCGCAAAACGGUGGAAUCUAGAGAUGCCGGAAGAGGCUGCUGCCGUGCUGUCUCGUACUGAUGCCAAGUUUGGUCCUUGGAGCGAAGUUAGCACACCAAAAGCGAACCGCCGCGCAUCCAUACAGACAAGUAACCAUCAUCCUUCGCCCGCGGACCAGGCAUCGCCAAGUCUUCAGCUGUACAGCAUGAACUUGGCCAACAUGACCGCUCCACAAGUCUACAGUCGAACAGCCACAGCAAACAGCUCCGUAAGCACUAAUCCUUCUGCGCGCCCCUCUAGCAAUCACUCUAUACCUCCCUCCGACCCAAACGCCCUGGCUUACAUGCGCUCCCAGCAGCAUCCCACUACGCCUCAAAACUAUGCUGCCUCCCUGAACGCCCCCACACCAGCCUCGACACAAGGACGCCAAUCCAUUGACGGCGGACGCACCACUGCCGGAAACUCGCCCAGCCAGCUUUUUGGCGGCGUCGACCAGCUACUCCGCGAAGGCCAAGACUGGAUCUACCGUGACCAAACCCAACUCGCCAACGACUUUGAAAACUGGAACCCCCAAGGCGUCGAGGACAUUGCAAGUUGGUUUGCCGGCACGGCGAACCCCACGGGUGCAUUCCAGAGCGCCACAACUGCCCCUGUCAUGGCUAGUGAGGUGGUCAACGGCGGCCCUGUCGGCGGUGUCGCUACCUCAGCCCCUGCCCCUACCCCCACCAAUGGAUUCCACGCCAAUGGCACCUUCAACGGCAAUCCCAAUCCUAAUCCAAAUCCUAAUUCUGCACCUGGGUUUGGUAGCAUCGGCCUUGCUGGUAUGGGUAUGCCGGGGUUUACGUAUGAUGAACAGAGUUGGUAUCAAUGAAGUUUUGAUUUUACCAAGAUUUUCAUUGCUUGCUUGCUGUGUUUGUCAUUUCAUGUGUUCUGGUCCCUCCCUGGGGCUGGGAUUUGUAUUGUACUUGAUAUACAUCUUUUUUUUUAGUUUCAUCUUGUAAAGUUUCGGUUUGGCAGCUUUUCCUCUUCUUCCUCUGCUUCUUCUUCUUCUUCUUCUUCUUCUUCUUCUUCUUCUUCUUCUGAACUCGUAUACGUGGAAAAGAUGUACUGCUCUUCUUCUUUUUUUUGGUUUCUGUUAUAUCUAGGCG